UUUCAGAAUGAGCACUAUGCAACAAAUUGGCAAUUAUACUCUGGGAAAAGUGCUGGGACGGGGAUCGUUUGGAUCGGUUCAAUUGGCCCAAGACAAACGCAGCAACGAAAUGAGAGUUAUGAAGCUGAUCCGCAAAGAAAGAGAUGGUCACCGAGAUGAGACGUGGCGUAGAGAGACUUUCACUCUCACAGCACUCUCGGAUGUGAGCGGGGUCACAAAAAUGUUCGAAUAUGGAUCGACCGAAACGCACAAUUGGAUUGUUAUGGAGCAGCUCUCCGAUGACCUGAUCACGAUCGUUCGUAGAAACGAAACCAAGAUGUUCUCCAAGCCCACAAGCUAUCAAAUUAUGUGGCAACUGGUGAAGAUCUUGCAAGAUAUUCAUGCCAUCGGGAUUGUUCACACGGACAUCAAGGCCGACAAUCUCAUGGUCUCCUACAAGAACAGGGUCCGCAAACUGGUGCUUGUCGAUUACGGGCUCUCCUGCUGGUUCAAGGAUCACAACCAGAAUCGGACUCCACCAGCACCGUUCGACAACAGAUGCAUGCAUCUGAUCCACACCCCCGCCAAAACCGCAACUGGACAUCCUCACAUGGAGGCGGAAGACUUGGUCCAAGUUGCCUAUCUCUCCUGCUCUCUGCACCAAUUCAUGCCAUGGAAAGAUGUUGAGGCGCCCAAGAUGACCAAGAUGAAGAAGAAAUUUGCUAAGAAUCCAAAGAAGUACCUUGGCAAUCAUCAAGAUCUGAAGCCAAUCAUCAAGAUGUUGGUCAAGCAGAAACACGGCGUCGAGCCAGAUUACGAAGGAAUUUUGGAUCUUCUCCAAGACAUGUUCGGAUCGUUGGGCGGAGGACUCGCAAGCGGAUCGCUCAAUGCAUUCGUUGUUGCUGGAGCCAUCAACAUUCCAUGAUUCUCAUAUUUUAUCACUACUUGUAUCCUAUGAUUCUCCCGGUUCUUCCCGAUCUCCUUCAGAUCUCAGUGUUCUUUCAUUUUAUUAGACUUUUGAAAAAUAAAACUUAGCUUGUUCAA